CCCCGCAGACCUCCGAGGCGCACGUCACUUCUCCAAAGUCGGAGCCAUGGCGACAACAGCUCAGUACAUCCCGCGGAAUAACUCCUUGCCGUCCAACCCGCUCAUGCACCCGGACUCGGACCGCAUGCACCAGGGCACCACGUACCGGGAGGUGCAGAAGAUGAUGCACCACGAGUACCUGCAGGGUCUGAACACGGGGCACCCGAUGAGCCUGACGCACCACCAGUGGCUGCCCACUUCCAAUAGCGACUGGGCGAGCGCCACGCACCUCGGCCAGCAGGAGCCGCACAAAGGCGGCGGCGGCGGCGGAGGCGGCGUGCAGGCGAGAAGCGAGGACCUGGGCAGCGGCUUCCACCACCGGUCCCACCUGGUGCACCAGCAGGCGCAGGGCGCGCACCACGGCUCCUGGGCGCCGGCCAGCGCGCACCACCUCUCCCCGCUCUCCCCGGCCUCCGGCGCGCACCAGCCCCUGGUCUACUCGCAGCCGGGCUACACGAACCUCAACGCCAUGCUGGGCAGCCCGCAGCCGGGCGCGCUCCACCACGGCAUGCGGGAGCCCCUCCACGACGACUCGGCGGUGCACGACGGCCAGCUGGAGUCCCCCCCGCAGGCGUUCAGCCACCACCAGGACCACUCGGACGAGGACGCGCCCAGCUCCGACGACCUGGAGCAGUUCGCCAAGCAGUUCAAGCAGCGGCGGAUCAAGCUGGGCUUCACGCAGGCGGACGUGGGCCUGGCGCUGGGCACCCUCUACGGCAACGUCUUCUCGCAGACCACCAUCUGCCGCUUCGAGGCGCUGCAGCUGAGCUUCAAGAACAUGUGCAAGCUCAAGCCGCUGCUGAACAAGUGGCUGGAGGAGACGGACUCCAACACGGGCAGCCCCACCAACCUGGACAAGAUCGCCGCGCAGGGCCGCAAGCGCAAGAAGAGGACCUCCAUCGAGGUGGGCGUCAAGGGCGCGCUGGAGAACCAUUUCUUGAAGUGCCCCAAGCCGUCCGCGCACGAAAUCACCACUUUGGCCGGCACGCUGCAGCUGGAGAAGGAGGUGGUGCGCGUUUGGUUUUGCAACCGGAGACAGAAGGAGAAGCGCAUGACGCCCGUGGGGGUCCCGCACCCGGGCAUGGAGGACGUAUAUUCCCAGGCGGAGACGCCCCCGCUGCACCGCACGCUACAGAGCCCCGUGCAGUGACUAUUAGCCGCGGACCAGCGCGGCGCUCCCACCUCGCCCUGGCUCGGACAAACGCGCGGGGACUGUGGAGUUUACACUAUUUAAGUUCCUUUUUCUCUCUCUCUCCAGGACUUUUGCGGAGAGAAAAAAAAAAAAAAAAGUUGUGCAGUUUUAGCGUCGGAAGUCCCCCCCCACACUCACUCGAAUAGAUGACAAAAAAAAAACCACACAAAAAAACGCAUCUAGGAUUGAAGAAAAAAAAGAUUUAUUUACCAAAAUUAUAUGGAGGUUUCUGCUCCUCCAUGGGGGGUGGGACCGUGAACGCACCACACGCCUGCAAAACAAAACAAACACACACACAAAAAACACUGGAAGUGGAAAAAGUCAGCACUGAAUGAACUGAAUUAUUGUUAUUAUUAUUAUUAUUAUUAUUAUUAUUAUUUUCGUUGCUUUUUUUUUAGUGGUUUUGUUUGAAGAAGGAACAAAACAAAAAAAGAUGUUUUCAUCAGGGUCGAAAUUGGGAGGACAAAAAGUGUUUUAGCAUUUAUGGAGGUGAGGGGGGUGGGGGGGGAUUUUGGAGGUUUCUGCUCCUCCGUGGGGGGUGGGACCGUGAACGCACCACACGCCUGCAGAACAAAACAAACAAAAAAACACUGGAUGUGAAAAGUCAGCACUGAAUGAACUGAAUUAUUGUUAUUAUUAUUAUUAUUAUUAUUAUUCAUGUUUACGCCCGAAUGCAGCUGAGAUAGGCCCCAGCAACCCCCGCCACCCCAAAGGGACAAGCAGUAGAAAAUGGAUGGAUGGAUGGAUGGAUUAUUAUUAUUAUUAGUAUUAUUAAUGUUUCCGCCCGAAUGCAGCUGAGAUAGGCUCCAGCAAUCCCCCCCCCCCCCCCCCCCCACCCCGCCACCCCAAAAGGGACAAGCGGUAGUAAAUGGAUGGAUGGA